GGGGCCGAGGCUGCGGGGCGGGCGCUGAGCCCACGCGUGACCGCGGCCGCGGGGCGACGCCGGGAGCGCGGGCGGAGGAACGAGCAGGGGGCCGGAGCGGGCGGCACAAAGCGCGGAGCGGGGCAGGGAUGCGGGCGCCGUGAGCCGGGCAUCGUGCGCCCAUGACGGACCUGGCAUCGCCCGCGGGCGAGAACAGCUUCGCCUUUCCCGGCGGCGGCGAGGAGGGCUUUGGGGAUGAGAAGGCGUUGGUGAUCCACAGCCAGGCGGAGGAGGAGGCGGCGGGGAAGGAGUUCAAGUGCAUCCUGUGCGGGGAGUGCUUCGGCCAGCAGCCCAGCCUCGCCCGGCACCAGAAGCACCACGCCGGGGAGCGCGCCUUCAUCUGCGCCGAGUGCGGCAAGGCCUUCAGCCUCAAGCACAACCUCAUCAUCCACCAGCGCAUCCACACCGGGGAGCGGCCCUACCAGUGCGACGUCUGCCAGAAGAGCUUCAGCCUGAAGCAGAACCUGCUCACCCACCAGCGCAUCCACAGCGGCGAGAAGCCCUUCUCCUGCGGGAGCUGCGGGAAGCGCUUCCGCGAGCAGCGCUUCCUCCUCAACCACCAACGCACCCACGCCGAGGACCAACCCGGGGCCACCAGCGCCGCCGCCUGCAGCCGCUCGCCGGGCUCGGAGCUGCAUGAGGAAGCCGGUGGUCCCACGGCAGCAGGCGGCCCCUUCUCCUGCUCCCGCUGCGGGAAGGCCUUCGGCUGCCGGAGCAGCCUGGCCGCACACCAGCGCACCCACGGCGGCGAGCGGCCCUUCGCCUGCACCGAGUGCGGGAAGAGCUUCAGCCAGAAGGGCUCCCUGAAGCUCCACCAGCGCACCCACAGGGCCGAGAACGCCCUCACGUGAGCCCCCGCGCCCCGGGACCCCCGCCCAUGGCUGCCCUGCGGGGCUCUCCGUGCCCUGAGCCCCCCCAGCAUGGCUCCAAGCGCUGCACGGAGGCUUGGGGCCGCUGGGCGUCUCAGUGGGCGCCGUCCCCUCGGUGCUGUUGUGACGGCGUGGUCAGUGCCAGCUCUGCCUGAGCCCCCCCAGGCACCCCGUGCUCCCUGCACGGAGCUGCUCUCCUGAUCACCACGAGGUCUCUCCCAUCAGCUGCUCCUGCUCCUCACCUCAGGCGCUCUUGGGCUGUUGGGCGCCUGUUGGGUUUCUGCCCCCCCCCGGGGCACUGGGAGGAGCUGAGUGAGGCGGCCGCCUGUGGAAAUGGCAGAGUUCCCCGGGGGGUUUCCUCCCCUCCACUCCCAGCACCUCAGCACUGCAGCCGGGUGCACAGCGGGGCCGCAGGUGGAACCCCUGAGCGAAGAGCAGCGGGGGGGGGGUUUCCCCUCAGCACUGCUGUGUGCACCCCGUGCCCCCGUGCUCCCCAUUCCCCCCGUACCCCCAUCCCCCAUCCGGGCUGGUGCUGCUGCAGCGUUGCAGAGUGCCCUGAAACAGAGAAAUCGUGCAAAAUUAAAACAAAAACGCAAAGCUCACAGGUGCAGACUGCUUCCCAAGGGCAGCGGCAGCUCCAGCCUGGAGGAGGGACUGCGGCGAGGCGUGGGAUGCGGCCCGAGCAGCAGAGAGCCCGGCCUGGGCGGUGCAACCAGGAGUGGGUGCGUGGUGACGGGAGCACUGCGGGCUCCCGGCGGGCUGAAAACGUGCCGGUGCUCAGCCACGGCCAGGAGAAGCGAGGGUUGGGGUGGACAUCUCUGCCCCUUGUCCCGCUCUGCGGUCCACAAGCACCGGGGAAGGGGAAGAGGCGGCACCGCAGCCCCGCUGCACGUGGGACGGUGCAAAUCCCGCAUCACCUCUGUGCCCGCCGCUCCGUGUAAGCCGCAGCGUUCUGGGAGCGCUCCUGGCUGCCACUGCGGGACGGCGGCCGCCAUCCGCCGGGCUUCCAUCCGUGCGCGCCGUCCUGCGCUCUGAACCGGGACGGCGCUCGGUGAGCCGGGAUGAGGCGAACUCACGGCUGCAUCCAGGCUGCGCGCCCCUCGCCCGCACCGCUGCUGCCCCGCCGCUUGCAGGGGAAAACCAGCUUUCCCUGCCGACGCUUCCCGCUGCCGACGCUGCUCACACCGCUCCGCGCCGCCCCGCGGGGUGAUGCGGUGCGUCGGGACGCGGCUGCGGGGGGAGCUGACACCCGGCCCGGCCGCAGCUCCCGGUGACGGCUCCUCCCGACCCCCGAGGGAGCUGCUCCUCCUCCCCCCGUCCCGCCGCUCCCCGCCCCGUGCCCGCGACCCCGCGCACGGCGAAGCCCCCCGCGAACACCCGCGCCGAGCGAUCCCCGCCCCGCGUCCGCCCGCGUGUCCCCCUGCCGCUGUGUGUGUGGAAAUGCAGGCACUGCCGCUGUGUAUUAAUUAAAUUAAUGAACGCCUGGAAAACGCCGCGUCUCCGUCUUGCUAAGAGCUCGGGGAGAGUCGCGCGGCUCGGCCGGCUCCGACAUUGGGGUGAGCGGCACACGGCCACGGAGCCCUCCGCCGUCUCCAGAGCCGGGCCGGUGCCCAGGAGCUGCCGUCCCCCCUCGGGCUGCGCCCGUCCCGGCCGAGGAGAGCCGGGGCCGCUUCCGCCUCCAUCGGCUUCCGUCAGGUUCUGCUCGUUUCGCCGUUCUCCCCCAGGAAAAGGGGUGGCAGAAGGAACGCGCUGUGGGCUCCAGAGGGCGUUCGCGACCCGCGCGCUGUGCGGAGCUCCGCAGGCAGCGCUGAGCGCGGGGGGGGACGCGCAGCCCCGUCGGGUGGCGCAGCUGCUCUGCCCCCGCCCGGCCCGGACACGAGCGGGCUCUGCGGUGCCGCUGCGACCUCCGAGCUCCCGAAGGGGCGACGGGCAGCGCCGGGCUCAGCCGGAGCCGGAGGGCAGCGGACGGAGAACGCAGUUUGCUCCGGAGCGUCUCGUUUGCAGCCCGCACCUCUCACGCCGGUUUCUUUCAGCCCUCUGCAGUGCCAGCAGCCCUCGAUCUCUGAGGUCCCGGCAUCGUCGUCGCUCGGUGGCCUGAGCUACCCGUGCCACUGUGUCCUGAUGGUCCCAAUAUUCACAUUAACGAUGUCCCUGUGUCAGCAGCCCACGUGAUCUGAAGUCCCAAAGUCCCAAAAUCCCUGCGUCCCCAUGUCCCUGACACCCACUGUCCCAGUGUCCCAAUGUCCCCAUAUCGCCUAGUCCCCGUGUCCCCCCUGUCCCCCUCCUCCCCGCCGCCCCGGCUCCGCGCUUCGCCGCACCGACACCGGGGACCGCAGCUCCGCCCCAGGAGCUCCGCGGCCGCCCAUCCCCGCCCACAGGCCGUCCCCGUCCCGCAGAGCGCGGCCGUCCGCCGGGUGAGAGGGAGAGGAACCGAGGCGGCCGCAGCUCCGCGCCCAUGAAGGACCGAGCCGCGGAGACUGGAGCGGCGGUUCUCCCCCGCGGGGCGCAGCGCCACCGGCAACACGUUGCUGGGCGAGGAGCGCUUCGAGUCCCGGCUGGCGUCCCGACCCGUCACCACCACGUGCAAAGAAGGCAGGCGGGAUUGAGGCGAGUGGUGCGUGGUGGUCAUGGACACCCCGGCGAUUUUCGGGGGCUCUCAGUGGGACGAGCAGCGUUUGGCCGAGGAGCGCCAGCGCUGCCUCAGAUUCGCUGCCCGGCAGCCCUGCGUGCUGCUGCUGGUGACACAGCUGGGCCGUUACACGCGGGAGGACCGCGAGGUGCAGGCUGAUGAGGUGCUGCACAGGGCUGUGAGCAUCGCCCUCAGGCAGAGCGAGGGG